CUGUAGAUGUGCGGGUGCCACAAUACGAUCGCCCCCUUAUUCAGAUCUGCAGGAAAUAUUGUUGGUCCGUGCGCGUAAGCCUCAAUUGACUGCAUGGAUGUGCAUAAGAACCAUCCGCAGCCUCUUGUAAUCUCGAAGACCGACAAAACUAAGUUGCACUCAUUCCAGGUCCACGAAUUGAGCUCUCUAAUUUCCCGCUCGAUGGACCCCAUCUCCUAAGCCCCUUCCGCAGCGAGAUGAGAUGACCAACGACAUCAUCGGAAUCGCUAGCACGGACGAGCAACGCGCGACACCAUGUCGGCCGCGAAACACGGUGGAGACGACGCGACGUCAUCGAUGCCAGACAUCCCUAGCGACGUCGCAUCGCUCCCGGCUCCCGCCGAACACAAGCUCCUGAUCCCGGACUCGGACUCGGGCGCGGCGGCGGGGGAGGGCUCGCCCUUGGUCAUAUGCUUCCACGGCUCCGGCGAGUCGUGUUCGCCGUCGUGGGACAAGUUGGCGGCGAUCCUUAGUUCGGCCCCGAUCAACCUGCGCGUCUUGCUGUAUAACCGCGGGGACCUGAAUCCGAAGCCGGCGCGGGCGACUGCGGAGCUGAGGGCUUAUUUGAGGAGGGAGGGCCUUAGGGGCCCUUAUGUGUUGAUCGCGCAUUCGUACGGGGGGUCGUUUGCGAGGAUGUUUUUGGAGAGGGAGAGGAAGGGGGAAAGUGCGGAAGAUGAGGGAGGGGAGGGGAGUGGUGAGGGGCAGAGCGACGAGGGUGCGUAUGCGCCGAGACAGGUUGUCGGCGUGGUGCUUGUCGAGACGGGGCAGGAGGGCGGGUUAGAUCCUAAGGUGGAGGAGAGGCAGUAUAAGAGGCGGGUGCUCGGGAGCAGGCCGUUGAGCGUGAUUAAGGGGAACUCGUUCCUGAGGAUGUGGGAUGAUCUAGAGAGGGCGGAGAAGAGUCUAGCGGAAGGGGAUGAGUUUAAGAGGGGCGAGUUGAUGAAGAGGAGGGUGAUGCUGGGGGUGUGGGAGGACGCGGACGAAGAUAUGAAGAGGAAGCAGUUGGACCUUGCCAAGGAGGGAGGCGCGAAGAGGUUGGUGAAUGUGCCUGAUUGUGGCCAUAAUGUCCAGAGAGAUCGCCCCGAGGCUGUGGCGAAGGAAGUAGCGUGGGUGGUUGAGAAUAUGAGGCUAGGAGAUGAAGAAGAAGAAGCUGAGAUAGAGGAAGAGGAGAAGACGGAACGGGAGUCGAGUAGGAGCGAGAAGGGAAAGCAGAAGGGGUGGAUGAGAAUCGGGAGGGAGUUCUGGAAGGUUUACGAAAUGAUUAUUGGGAGGUUUUUUGAUAAAUUCCAAAAGUAACUUUGCUGCGUAUAAUAUGUAAUCAUAAUGUUCGGUCAAUCCAAUGAUUAGCAUUGAUUCUUGUAAUUCUACCUUCAAUGAUGCGUAUGACACUAAACAUGUUUGCCGUAGAGUUCAACUUGAUAAGGU